GUAAAGUUAUAACUUUAUGGCAUUUAUUCAAAGAAUUAUUUCAAAUCAUUAUUAGUCACUCUAUUUUAUUGUAGUUGAAUUAGAAAAAAGCUUGCUCUCUUAUUUGUUAUUAUUGGGAUGUCUUUGGACCACAUGGGCUCUAUUUCCGUGUAAAGAAAUUGGGUAAAAUGGGGCGGGUACGUACUAAAACUGUGAAGAAAGCCGCUCGUGUGAUAAUUGAGAAGUACUACACUCGUCUGACCCUGGAUUUCCACACCAACAAGAGAAUAUGUGAGGAGAUUGCAAUCAUACCAAGUAAACCAUUGAGGAACAAGAUUGCUGGGUUCGUGACCCACCUGAUGAAGCGGCUGCGCCACUCGCAGGUGCGCGGCAUCUCCAUCAAGCUGCAGGAGGAGGAGCGCGAGCGCCGCGACAACUACGUGCCCGAGGUGUCGGCCCUGGAGCACGACAUCAUCGAGGUGGACGCAGAGACCAAGGAGAUGCUCAAGAUGCUGGACUUCAACAACAUCAGCGGUCUGCAGCUGCUGCAGCCCACCACGCAGUCGUUCGGCCGGCGACCUUGAGGCUGGGGCCCGCCUGUACCUUGUCGCCUCGCUUUUCAAUAAACUCUAUAAACUGA